GUGAUGCAGUGACUUGUCAGGGGACAGCCUGCCACACCCUCUGCUUAAAUUAUCAACACAUUUGCUGUUCUGUCUCUGAUGUUGACUGUGCCAAGAAUAUCUUAACAAUUCUGUUCAAACUGAAAGAUGGCAACCCAGUGUGUAUCAAAAAUUGAGCUCUCCAUAUCCUGCAAUAAUCUUAUUGACAAAGAUGUUGGAUCAAAAUCUGACCCGCUAUGCGUUUUACUGCAAAGUACUGGAAGUGACUCAUGGACAGAGGUGGACCGAACAGAACGUGUGAAGAAUUGUCAGGAUCCAGAGUUCUCCAAAAAACUACGGCUUGAUUACCACUUUGAGAAAGUACAGAAGCUGAAGUUGGGUGUAUAUGACAUAGACAAUAAAAGCGUGGACCUGUCAGAUGAUGACUACCUCGGAGGGUUUGAAUGCACUUUGGGUCAGAUUGUGUCCAGUAAGAAGAUCACCAGACCCCUGGAGCUGAAGAAAGGGAAGCCUGCAGGGAAAGGCACCAUCACUAUCACUGCUGAGGAGAUCAAAGACAACAGAGCCAUUGUCCUAGAGAUGGAGGCCAAAGGCUUGGACAAAAAGGACCUGUUUGGGAAAUCAGAUCCGUUUUUGGAGUUUUUCAAAAAACAGGAUGACGGCAAGUGGCAACUGGUCCACAGAACAGAAGUUGUCAAAAACAAUUUGAAUCCCUCCUGGAAGAAAUUCAAUGUGUCUCUCCACACAUUCUGCAAUGGAGACUUAAACAAGCCUAUCAAGGUCCAUUGCUCUGACUAUGAUAGUGAUGGCUCGCAUGAUCUUAUUGGCAUUUUUGAAACUAAUGUAGAAGAUCUUCUGAAAGCAGACCAUGGCUCACCGGUGGAGUUUGACUGCAUUCACCCAGAGAAACAGAAGAAGAAAAAGAGCUACAAGAAUUCGGGUGUGGUGUGUGUGAAAACCUGUAAGCUGGACAUGGAGUAUUCCUUCCUGGAUUACAUCAUGGGAGGAUGCCAGAUCAAUUUCACGGUGGGCAUUGACUUCACUGGCUCUAACGGCGACCCACGGUCUCCCGACUCACUUCACUACAUGAGUCCAGAUGGACUCAACCAGUACCUGUCUGCCAUCUGGUCCGUGGGUCUCGUAGUGCAGGAUUAUGACACUGAUAAACUUUUCCCUGCCUUUGGAUUUGGUGCCCAAGUUCCACCUAAUUUCCAGGUCUCCCAUGAGUUUGCACUGAACUUCAAUCCCAGCAGUCCCUAUUGCCAAGGAGUGGAGGGAAUCGUGAAUGCGUACCGCGUGGCUCUGCCGCAAGUUCGACUCUACGGCCCGACUAACUUCUCUCCCAUCAUCAACCACGUGGCAAACAUCGCUGCCUCAGCCGCCCAGCAGCCAAAUGCAUCGCAAUACUUUGUGCUGCUGAUCAUCACGGACGGUGAGAUCACCGACCUGGACCAAACCCGGCAGGCCAUCGUGAACAGCUCCAAGCUGCCUAUGUCCAUCAUCAUCAUCGGAGUGGGCGAGGCCGACUUCAAGGCCAUGGAGUUCCUGGACGGCGACAAUGGCGUCCUCAAGUCUCUGACAGGAGAGCCCGUGGCCAGAGACAUUGUGCAGUUUGUGCCCUUCAGACAGUUCACCAGUGCUCCUAAGGAGGCCCUGGCCCAGACUGUCCUGGCCGAGGUUCCCACUCAGCUCGUGUCCUACUUCAAGAUGAGGAAGCUCUCUCCAGUCAACCCUCCUGCCGCUACCAAGUAGAGUGGGACCCUCAGUGCUGGAGAGGAGCUUGGCCUUUACAGGAUACAAGUGCCUCUCACCGCAGAGCAGCAGGGAUGAAGACCACAGUUCUGUUUUGUUUCUUUUUGUCAACAAACGUUGUGCCUCUGUUAUACAUACACCACUUUAGAAACCAAUGCAUAAUCAUUUUUGUCUCAUAUAUUUUUUUAAAAACAUUUUUUUUAUCAUAAUUGAUGUAUGCUGAUUGCAGGUAUCCAGAUGCUGUUAGAAGCUUUUGUCACUUAGUAUUCUCACAUCAGAUUUUAUUUUAUAAUCUGGUUUUGGAACCAAAUGCUAUGCUAUCAUUCUUCACAAUCUUCAGGAUCUUCACAGAAGAGAAUUUUAGACAGAAAUGUAGACUGUGAAUGUAGACUGAAAGGUUUGCCUUAAAGCCCUUAUCUUCACUUUAUCUAUACAAUCACGUUUGAAUAUGCUGGCUGAGUCAUCACAAUAUGCAUAUCUAUCAAAUGCUGCUUUGUGCCAAGUAGUGAUUUAGUGCCAAUAUAAUAAUAUAAUUGCCAAUGCCUUAUAUAUGGUGCACCUAAAUGUUAACUGUUUGUGUUAUUAGUUAUGUUUGUUUAUUUCUUUACCAGUAUGAUGGUAUCAAAAUAAGCCUAAAUUGGAGGUAGAACUGGAAUGUUGAAUCAAAAUAAUUUUCUGGUAUUUGAUUAGGAAAUGAGGAAAUAAUAUUGGUUUAUUUGUCUAUGAAAUGACUGAAUUGCAGAAAUAGGAGUAAUGUCUUUCAUGGAUGUAUAUCAUUUGUAUGUCAUAUGUCUAGUUGGGCUAAUUGGUAUGAAAUUGUUUUGUCAUGAAGAAUAAUAUUUUCAUUGACACAGUUAUAUACAAUUCCAAAAUAUAAGUUUUGAGAAACUUAGCAGCACUUAACAUGACUGGUAUACUAUGCAAUACUUUUUCUCCAUUAUUGAGAAACACUGUGAGGUGGUUGUAGUUUUUACCAGCAGAAGCCUCUGCUACAGUUUACAAUACUGGACAGCAUUUUCCCCUUGCUGGUAGCAAAAUGCAAUCUCACAUAUUCUAUGUUGUGCCAGAUGAAGGGUUUCAUGGGGCCAUACUGGUGUGACUGAGUGUGGUCAUAGACCAGUGUUAUUUUAAGUAGCCUACUUUGUGUUAGAAAGGGAACCUUAUGCAAUGCUGAAAUUAUGAAUUAAAGAAUUGUUGCUGUAGCCAUUCAUGGAUUGCACUGCAAAAUAUUGCAAGACAUAUUGUACCCCCCCCCCCCUCCCUCUAUUUUUCAUACAAACAGUAACAAUAAAUACACAAUAUAUUCUAA